UCGCCUUUUCUCGCCCUCCGCUGACUGGACAACCGCAGCUAGCUCCGCGGCUGGUCGCCGGCCGGGCGACAUCCGGGCCUUGGGUCGCGGCGCGCAGCAGAAGACAGCGCCUCUGAGCGCCCGCCGCCCACGGGUUGUCUUCCGCCACCGGAGCCGCCCCUGCGAGCGACUAGCAGUCCUCCUGGGCGGGCGUGUCAGGGUGUGGAGACUUGGCCCUGAGGAGACUCCGCACCGGGAGGGGCUGUGGCGCUUGGGAGACCCCGCGCCGAGGAGACCCCGGCGCUGAGGAGACCAGGUGCGCAUUGGAGACCGCGCCCGGCAGCUGCCCGCGCAGCUCUUGGUCUCCGCAGGCCCGCCUCCCGAUAACAGCAAUUUCUUGAGCUCCCUACCUUCGCCUUUGUUGGGGCCCAGGUCAGCUUGAAGACCCUGUCGCAGGCUUGAGAGAGGAGUGUCAUGAAAAAGGAACAGAAAACAGUCUUCAGUGUUGCUGAAAGGGAAAUUUUCUUUCCCAGUUGGUGGUUAUGAUUUGAAGAGGAGCACCUAGAGAUUGAAGAGCUUAGAUUCCUCUAGAGGUGCAGAUAAACUUGAUAAAAGGAAGAUCUGGAAAUACUUUUAAAAGAUGUUUGAAAUGAAGGCAGAAAUUUCGAUCAUGUGUAUCAACCAUGUAGGCAUCUGAACACUUGUUCAGAAUAUUUUCCUCCCCAAAAUGGAAGAAGAAACAAUUCACAAACCACAGUGCAUAAGACUCUGAUAGAAACAAUAAUGAAGUUUGGUCACUCUGAGAAUGACAGUACUUUAUCAUUUUCUUUUUGGGAACAAACAGAAACACCAUGAAUGUGUGGUGAGCUAAUCAUGAAGGAUUGUUUCUUGUGCUUCUUUCUACAAAUGACUUUAUUUGAAUUUUGGGAUUUUUUUCUCUCUCUUUUUCUCUGAUUUUAUAUGUUAAUUAGAUUUACAUAAAGGAAAUAAAUGCAGGAUUCACGGUAUUUUCUGACUACACUGCUGUUUUCUGUACAUUAUGGAGACAUUGGAGGCAUUCAUAUUUCUUGAAGCUUUAUUUUUUAUGGAAGCCAAACUUUGCCGGGGACACAGAGAUGUGAUGUAAGUUUUUAUUUCAUAUCAACUUUCCUUGCUUUGGAUAAGCUGAAUGUCAUCUGGAUUUCACAGUCUAUGAAGUAUAAGGUCUGAUUUAUCGUCUUCAAUAUGUUUAUAAUAACGAGAUGAGAAACACAUUAAACACUGUUUAACAUGUAUGCCUAAGGAAAAGAUCUUCCUGAUGGAUCAUGGCGUUAAUGUUUACAGGACAUUUCCUAUUUUUAAUAAUGAUGAUGUUUAGUUUUUCUACUUGCGAAGAAUCUGUGAGCAAUUACUCUGGAUGGGCAGUUUUCACAGAUGAUAUACGACAAUUUAAGAAUCAUAAAGUACAAGAUUUCAAGCCCAACCAAAAACUUCAUCCAAAUUUGUAUUUUGAUGCUGGGGAUAUACAAACAAUGAGACAAAAAUCUCAUACAAGCCAUUUACAUCUUUUUAGAGCUAUCAAAAGUGCAGUGACAAUUAUGCUGUCUAAUCCAACAUACUACCUACCUCCACCCAAGCAUGCUGAUUUUGCUGCCAAGUGGAAUGAAAUAUAUGGUAAUAAUCUUCCUCCUUUAGCACUGUAUUGUUUAUUAUGUCCAGAAGACAAAGUUGCCUUUGAAUUUGUCUUGGAAUACAUGGACAGGAUGGUUACCUACAAAGACUGGCUAGUUAAGAAUGCACCAGGGGAUGAGGUUCCAGUUGGUCAUUCCUUAACAGGCUUUGCCACUGCCUUUGACUUUUUGUAUAAUCUCUUAAGUAAUCAGCGAAAACAAAAAUACCUAGAAAAAAUACAGAUUGUUACUGAGGAAAUGUAUGAAUAUUCCAAGAUUCGAUCAUGGGGCAAACAACUUCUUCAUAAUCACCAAGCUACAAAUAUGAUAGCAUUACUCAUAGGGGCCUUGGUUGCUGGAGUAGAUAAAGGAUCUAAAACAAACAUAUGGAAACAAGAUGUUGUUGAUGUUAUGGAAAAGACUAUGUUUCUCUUGAAUCAUAUUGUAGAUGGCUCUUUGGAUGAAGGUGUGGCCUAUGGAAGCUAUACCUCAAAAUCAGUUACACAGUAUGUUUUCUUGGCACAACGCCAUUUUAACAUCAACAACUUGGAUAAUAACUGGUUAAAAAUGCACUUUUGGUUUUAUUAUGCUACACUUUUGCCAGGCUAUCAAAGGACUGUAGGUGUAGCGGAUUCCAAUUAUAAUUGGUUUUAUGGUCCAGAGAGCCAGCUAGUUUUCUUGGAUAAGUUCAUUUUAAGAAAUGGAGCUGGAAAUUGGUUAGCUCAGCAAAUUAGAAAGCAUCGACCUAAGGAUGGACCAAUGGUUCCUUCCACUUCCCAAAGGUGGAGUACUCUUCAUACUGAAUACAUCUGGUAUGAUCCAAAGCUUACCCCACAGCCUCCUGUUGACUUUGGCACAGCUAAAAUGCACACAUUUCCUAAUUGGGGUGUUGUGACUUAUGGGGCUGGACUGCCAAAUACACAGACCAAUACCUUUGUGUCUUUUAAAUCUGGGAAACUGGGAGGACGAGCUGUGUAUGACAUAGUUCACUUUCAGCCAUAUUCCUGGAUUGAUGGAUGGAGAAGCUUUAACCCAGGUCAUGAACAUCCAGAUCAAAAUUCAUUUACUUUUGCCCCCAAUGGGCAAGUAUUUGUUUCUGAGGCUCUUUAUGGACCAAAGUUGAGCCACCUUAACAAUGUAUUGGUGUUUGCCCCAUCACCGUCAAGCCAGUGUAAUAAGCCCUGGGAAGGUCAACUGGGAGAAUGUGCUCAGUGGCUCAAGUGGACUGGUGAAGAGGUUGGUGAUGCAGCUGGGGAAGUUAUUACUGCUUCACAACAUGGAGAAAUGAUGUUUGUGAGUGGGGAAGCAGUGUCUGCUUAUUCUUCUGCAAUGAGACUAAAAAGUGUCUAUCGUGCUUUACUUCUCUUAAAUUCUCAAACUCUACUUGUUGUUGACCACAUUGAAAGGCAGGACACUUCCCCAAUAAAUUUGGUCAGUGCCUUCUUUCAUAAUUUGGAUAUUGAUUUUAAAUACAUCCCAUACAAGUUUAUGAAUAGGUAUAAUGGUGCCAUGAUGGAUGUGUGGGAUGCACACUAUAAAAUGUUUUGGUUUGACCAUCAUGGCAACACUCCUGUGGCUAAUAUACAGGAAGCGGAACAAGCUGCUGAAUUUAAGAAAAGGUGGACUCAGUUUGUUAAUGUUACAUUUCAUAUGGAAUCCACAAUUACAAGAAUUGCUUAUAUAUUUUAUGGUCCAUAUAUCAAUGUUUCCAGCUGCAGAUUUAUUGACAGUUCCACUUCUGGACUUCAGAUUUCUCUAAAUGUCAAUAAUACUGAACAUAGUGUUUCUGUUGUAACUGACUAUCAAAACCUGAAGAGUAGAUUUGAUUACCUGGGAUUUGGUGGUUUUGCCAGUGUGGCUAAUCAAGGCCAAAUAACCCGAUUUGGUUUGGGGACUCAAGCAAUAGUAAACCCUGUAAGAUAUGGUAGAGUUAUUUUCCCUUUUGGGUUUAAAUUUAAUAUAGCAAUUGGAUUCAUUUUGUGUAUUAGUUUGGUUAUUUUAACUUUUCAGUGGCGGUUCUACCGUUCUUUUAGAAAGCUAAUGCGCUGUGUGUUAAUACUUGUUGUUGCCUUGUGGCUUAUUGAGCUUCUGGAUGUGUGGAGCACCUGCACUCAGCCCAUCUGUGCAAAGUGGAUAAGGACUGAAACCAAAGCAAAUGAGAAGACCAUAAUUUCUGAAGGGAAGCAUGUAGAUAUGCCUGAUGUUGUUAUUACCUCACUCCCUGGUUCAGGAGCUGAAAUUCUUAAACAGCUUUUUUUCAACAGUAGUGAUUUUCUCUACAUCAGAAUCCCUACAGCCUACAUUGAUAUUCCUGAAACUGAACUUGAAAUUGACUCAUUUGUAGAUGCUUGUGAAUGGAAAGUAUCAGAUAUCCAUACUGGGCAUUUCCGUCUUCUUCGAGGUUGGCUGCUAUCUUUGGUCCACGACACAAAACUGCACUUGCAAAACAUUCAUCUACAUGAAACCAGUAGGAAUAAACUGGUCCAAUAUUUUGCAGCUAAGGACAAAAAACGAAAAUUGAAAAGGAGAGAGUCUUUGCAAGAGCAAAGAAGUAGAAUGAAAGGAGCUUUUGAUAGAGAUGCUGAAUAUAUUAGGGCUUUGAGAAGACAUCUAGUUUAUUACCCAAGUGCUCGUCCUGUGCUUAGUUUAAGUAGUGGUAGCUGGACAUUGAAGCUUCAUUUUUUUCAGGAAGUUUUAGGAACUUCGAUGCGGGCUUUGUACAUAGUAAGAGACCCUCGAGCCUGGAUCUAUUCAAUGCUAUAUGGUAGUAAACCAAGUCUUUAUUCUUUGAAAAAUGUACCAGAGCACUUAGCAAAAUUGUUUAAAAUAGAGGAAGGUAAAAGCAAAUGUAACUUAAAUUCAGGCUAUGCUUUUGAGUAUGAAUCACUGAAGAAAGAAUUAGAAACAUCCCAAUCAAAUACAGUCUCCUUACUAUCUCAUUUGUGGCUAGCCAACACUGCAGCUGCUUUGAGAAUAAAUACAGAUUUGCUGCCUACCAGCUACCAGCUGGUCAAGUUUGAAGAUAUUGUUCAUUUUCCUCAAAAGACUACUGAAAGUAUUUUUGCUUUCCUUGGAAUUCCUUUGUCUCCUGCUAGUUUAAACCAAAUACUGUUUGCCACUUCUACAAACCUUUUUUAUCUUCCUUAUGAGGGGGAUAUAUCACCAUCUAAUACUAAUAUUUGGAAACAAAACUUGCCUAGAGACGAAAUUAAACUAAUUGAAAAUAUCUGCUGGACACUGAUGGAUCGUCUAGGAUAUCCAAAGUUUAUGGACUGAAUGCUGCAGGUCAGCAAAAAUUUGCACUAAUGAGUCCCAACCUACUUUGUGGAUAUUAACUAGAUAACUUUGUUUAUUCUUGUACACUUGUGUAUGUGUGGGGAGAGUGUGUGUGGGUUCAGUCUGUUAUUUGCACAGAGAAAUACUUUAAAAAAUAGGCAUCAUAUUUGGCCUAGCAGGAUUUAUUUUUAUGUUACCACUUUCCUUGCCUUGGUUUCUGAAUUUUUUUCUGCUCAAAUGUUUGUGCUACAGAGGUAUAUAUUAUGGGGGUCUGGGAAGAUGGGAAGAUUUUAAUAUACUUUAACUUGCCUUCUUUGGUAACUGUGCUAAUCUAUCUUGGGACCUCAAACACUACAAAAGGCCUUGCAAUUGCUGCUUUACCCAGUCAUCUCUUGCUCUUAAGAUGGACUACAAAGGUUCCUUAUCUUUUGAAAAGUUCAAUUACUUAUCCUGCACAAAGGAAAAAUGAAAUAAAAAAAAUUGAAUUUCUUUUACUUUGUAUAGUGUUCACUGAAAUCACUGGGGAAAUUAUAAAAGUUUCUAUUAGAAUUUUUAGAACAUAUAGAAUAAAGGCUUUUUUUUUUCAUUUCUUACUCAAGAAAUAAGACUGAACUGUGGAUGCUGAAAUUCAGUGAAUUGUUUUGGAAAUGCUUCUCUAUUCAAAAGCUCAUUUGCCUCCAUCACAGUAUUCUCACCCUAUCUAGCUUUUCUGUCACUGUCAACAAAAUAGGCAGUAGAUAGUAACUACAAAACUCCUAGCUUUAGAAGUCCCAACAACUUCUGCUGAUUAAUUUUGUGUUAAAGACUGACACAGACUUAUAAUCAAAUUUAGUUUUGUGGCAUUACCAUUCUAUGGCUCAAAGUAAGGAGCAGCAAUUUGCUGCCAGUGGUGAGUUUGUUGUUGUUUCUGGUGUUGGUGGAGUGGGGUGGGGGUGGCAUGGGUUGGGGCUGGAAACAGAAAGCUGCCUGACUUAUUCUGUAUCCUCUGAGUGAAUUUACAGGCUGCCAGUGUCUGCAUAAAUUGAAGCCAAUUGAGAGAUGAUGUCUGAGGCAUCUGUUCCCUUUACCAUCUGCAUCUUAUUAUAAAUGUAGUGAACAUAAAAUGUGGUUCAUUUUACUUGGCAAUUUCAGAAAUAAAAAAUGCUAUACUAUUAAAAGCUAGUGGAGUAAUUAUAAUGUGUUGGGUGAACAUUAUCAGACAGCAUUGGGAUUUGAUGAGAAUCUAUGCAGAUUGCAGUCUUCUUCCUGAUGUUUCAAACUACAGUCUCCUCAAGUUCUCUAACAUUUGGAGGCUGCUACUCUGACUUAGAUAAAAGUGGUUCCCUCAGUAGUUUGUUAUUAUAUCUAAAUGAUACAAUUUUUAGAGUGAUAAAGCUGUGGAUAUGUUACAUUCCAGCUGAAUCUAACUUAGCUGUCAUUUCUUUUCUUCUAUUAUGGCAUGAGUUGAGACUAUUAAAUGUCCCCCACAUUUGGUCUUCCCACAUAGGACUCAUAAUUUCCCUCUCAUGUUAAAGUGAAUAGAAAUUAAUAUAGAUUGAAGACUCAUUUACAUUUUUAUUUUGAAGGAGGAUUACUCUAUGUCAGUUUUGUCAGCAAACAUAAAAUUGCUACAUGGAUGAUAACACUAUUUCCAUUAUUGGUCAGAGUCUCAUUGCUUUCAAUUUCUAGAAUAUGAUUUUAGUCAGAUCAAGUAGGAAAGUUAUGGGGUGAAAGAGAACUACAUCAUACUAAGGUAAGAAUUAGAAUGAAUACAGGCACAGAGAAGACAAUGAGAGCUAUUUCUGCCUUUUUUUUUUAAUAUUGUACACAAAGGCACCCAUGUACAGAAGGUGGUCAAUAGAUUAUGUGGAGGAAAAGGGGAAGAAGAAAAUCUCUAGAAAAUAAAGUGAGUAGUUUUAAGAAGCGAUAUGGGAAUGUUUUACUGAUAAGUCACAGUGGAACAUAGCUUUUAGCUCCAUAGAGCAAUUCAGAGCUAAACUUUCUCACCUCAGAGGAAAUAAGAGACAUCAGCCAUUUUCUUAGUUAUUUCCAUAAUGAAAGUCUGAAGAAGACUUUGCAGAUACCCUCAGAGGAGUAUUGUGUAUGAGAAAGGGGACCACUGAAUUUGCCUGCAAAUGCUCAUACCUAAGCCCUGUUGCCUUACAAUUUGAGUACUUAAAGUGAGUGACACCUCUGGUAUUUUGAAUACCCUCUAAACUUAUUACCAACUUUCAAUUAAGAUUAUCAUUUUUUAUAGCUUAUGAAGAAUAAGAGACUUUUAAAAUGUCAUGUCGUAAAAGCCACACCUUUAUCCAUGUCCUCAAACUUAAGCUUACUUGAUACAACUCAUUAAAAAUAAUUUGGAAUUAUUGAGAAAUUAGGCAAUCAACUGACAAAGUAGGGAAACAUUGGUAAUGAAGUAUUCAAACAUUUCUAACAAAUACAGACUUGAUCUAGAUGAAUAGAUAAUAACCCAUCCUAAAGCUAAACAUCAUUUAGAGUUCAAUUUUUUUUUAGAAAAACUGGAUGUUAAGUCUAUGAAUAUGCUUAAAUGUAUAUUUUUUUUGGCAAGAGGAUACAAUGACAUGUACAUAUUAGGCCUCAAUUACACAUAAAACACAUUUAGUUUCUUGAAACAAGCUUAAGAAUUAACUGUCUCCUAAGAAUAAAGCAAUCUUUUAUCAAGUUUUGAGAGAUGAUGUCAGGAACUGUCAAGCUACCCUCUGCAAAUGUCUUCAAAGAACCAUUUUCUUGUCCCUCACAUACUAGCACACCUUAAAUAUUCCAAAUUAUGUUAUGUUAUAAUAUCAUUGACUGAACUUUCAAUUGAUAUCAUUGAUCAGAAAAUUUUCUGCAUCAUGAUGUAUGCACAUUCUGAUUAAUGUAUGAAGCCCAUCAUUUAAUUUGGAGUAAUAUACUAUAGUUUUACAUACAAUCUUUGAUUGUAACUAGGAGAGCUUUCAAUGAUGAAGAAAAAUGUAGACGAAAAUAUCACCCAGAUAUAAGGAUGCUUAAUAUUCUAAAAUAUUCCAGGACAUUGAAUAUUGAAACAUUUCUUAUUAAUUUAUUUUGGCUAAAUUGUCUAGUGAUUCUAUUUAUUUUACAUUGUUUUUGCAGGGAAAAAACUAAGUAAUUGGCAAGAUCUAACUAAAUGACUUAAAUUUUGAUGACAGACAAUUUUGUAGAUUUGUAACAUUCUUAGCCUUGUUAUUUUUCUAUACAAUUAUGUGUGUUUAUGUUGUAUAUAAUGUAAAUAAUAUGCUUAGUUUAUUCAAUUUUCAAAGUAGAUUCAAUGAGGUCUGUAGACGUAGGAAUUUCAGGUUUUUUAUUUUUUGUUGUUUCAUACAUUUUUCCAGUCACGCAGGAAAGAAAACAAACUAAAGAUCAUAAAUAGGACUCCCCAAUUGGUCUAAAAAUGAAGAACUAAAAGCAAUUUGAAAUAAUUCUGUCAUGCAACUCUUUAGGUCUUUGGAUCCAUGGCAGUGACAUUUUGUAUGUCACUAAAUGAGCACAAGUUGGAGAACACAGGCAUGUUUAAUAUUAACAUCUAUUUCUACAAGUUCACCUAAUAUACUUGGAAUACUCCCACUUCAGUGAUUGCCAACUCUCCUACUCUGCUAACUUUAUUCUAAGACAUUGUCUAUAAUCUUAAAUAAUAAGGAUAUGUCUGUGAUGCUCAUGUGUGCUCUACACCCUGCCACCGUGCCAUGCUAAGUUUUUGUGUUACUUAGCACUCUAAUUGGCACACCAAAGAACAGUCACAGUGAAGACCUUUUAACUUAAGUAUUAUGACUUGGCAUAUAAAUACAAAAUCAUUGGUUUUUCAUAUGUAACAUAUAUACAACCCUUACAAUACUAUGUGGUGUAUAUAUUACAUAUAAAUUUGAAAUUCAUGUCAAAUGAUUUGCUUAUAUUAAAACUGCUAAGUGAUUUAUUCAAAUACUUACAUGGGCAGUUUUUCCAAUGCCAGAGUUUAUAUUUCAUUCACUUGAAUAAAACCAUUGGUACUUAUUUAACACCCCUGUCAAACUAAUUUAAUAUGCAAUUAUAAAAAUGGCUCAAACAUUUAGUAUCAAAAGAUUCUUGAUGAAGAAAAAUGCUGAGAGAGGAUGGGUUGAAGAGAGCAUGAACUUUCUAGUAGUAGCAGUGGAAAGGAAUCUUAAUUCAUUUUCCUCUCCUUUCCAUAAUACUAUCACAACCACAAGUGCCUCCAGGUAGCAAUAAUACCCAGCAUUAAGUCUAAGUCCAGGGAAUGUAAUGUGAAAACUGUACCAUCGACCUUGCAUCCUUGGAGCUGACCAUGCAAUCAGAAUUUUCAAAUAUCCUCCCUUAAGAGAGCUUAUACUAAUUUGAAGUAUAUGGUCCUUUCAAUUCUAUGACUAAGAGUCGACUCAAUAUAUAUGAAUGAUUUUUUUAAUACAGAAAAAUGUGUUGCAUUUUUUAUUUCCUGU